AUGAUGGAACAAAAAAAUAUGCUGUUAUUUAUUAAAAUUUCAACGAUUAUAUUUUUACUUUGGAUAUGUAAAUUUUGCAAUGACCUGAAAUCUCUAAAUAAAAAUUUGGAUGAAAAAUGCAAUCUUUGUAGAAAAAUAAAUAUAAGAAAUUAUCGAUUAUUAGCAAAAUAUAAGCAGGAUAGUGAUUCAUGUAUUGAGAAUUUUAAGAGAGAAAUUCAGCAUAAUGAUGUGAAACAAAAUAAAUGUUUAUCUAAUAAUAAAAAAGGUCCAAAUAGAAACCGAAGACAAUUAUGUAAAAGUUCAUUAUAUAUUCAGGAAUACGAUAAAAAUGUUAAGAAAAAUAAAUGUGCUAUUCCUAAAACAAAAAAGUAUUCCAAUUUCGAAGAAAAAAUAUUUAAAGAACUUGAUUAUAAAGAUUACCUUUAUAAAAUCAAGAUAAUUGAAGAUAAGGAAUAUAAAAAACUAUCACGUAAAAAACGCAGAAUACGAUCUGCUUUAAUUUUGUUGUUUUUCCUGGUAUUAAUAGUACCCAUAUUAGAUCUUUCAUUAGAGAAAUUUACAAAGGGUGGGUUGUUGGGCUUAUUAGGCUUGUUAUAUCCAAGUUCAUCUCAAGGAAAGGCAUUGGGGGAAAAUAUAGAGGGGCAUUUGUUUACUUUAUUAAGCGCUACUGGAAUGAAUAAAAUAAAAGUAAUAUUUGCAUCACCUAUUUUGCUUUAUUGCGUACCUUUCCUCAUAUUUGUUGUGAUAUUUAUAUUAGGAAUGAUUUACUACUAUAAAAAAGUUAUAAAAUAUGAAAAUAUGAAGUUCAGAAAAAGACUAAAUAGGUAA